AUGACCUGGGACAGUACAACUCAUAAAUACAUAACAGUUGCCAAGCAUCUGAAUUUUGAUCAUGUGACCACGAGGAUGCUGCGACAGUUGUAAAUUGAAACCAGGUGAUAAGUCACUUUUUUUAGUGCCAUUAUAACUUGACUAAUGGAACGUUUGUAAGCCAAGGGCCCUCUGUAGUAUAUUCCACCUCGUAGUGUGUAGAUUCCGAAAUAAAUGCUAGGUGUCCUCCCCCCCACAAUCUUUUUUUCCCUAGAAGACACCCUUAUAUCUUGGAGCAAUCAGACGUCGUACAUGAGCAUUUGCUUACGGGACCAGGAUUAUCGCUUGGACUGCCCAGUAGACCAGCUGUCUAUGGAAGAGCUUAAAAAGAAGUUUGUCGAGGUCCUUGGAGUGGUGAAGGAAAUGCACUGGGUCAUCCAAGAACUGAAAAAGAAGCCGUUUGAUUUCUCCACGUCAGAUCCUUCGGGAAACGAGAAGCAGAAAUCUUUAGACACAAGCGAGCUUCUUGAACGGACGGAGGAAAGCCAGACUCUGCUGGGGGCUUCCGACGAGGAGGCGAGUGCGCCCAGCUGCGACGGUCCAGAGACUCUGAGUGAGGUGGGAGUUGAUUGGCCCGGCGGCCUGUUUUUUAAGGGUUCUCGCUGAUGGCAGGUGGGGACGGGGGGUUGGUAGGAAGCUCUGAAGUUCUAGUGAACUUCUCGAAUGGUCCUUCAAAAAUAGGUUGGGUUUGAAGCUUCGUCCUCUUUGGUGGCAUGAAGAUAAGUUCCUCCCCUUCUCUGCCCACCACUU